AAUAAGAGAGUGGCACGUAAGAAUUGAAAGGCACAUGAGUAUAAUACUAACAGUGGACAAAUUGAAAAAGCAACACACACAGAACAGACACAACUGCGAAUUAGUUCAUCCUUUCCCAAGCCAGCCAAGCGAGUGAAAUUACUUGCAUAGAUAGAGCAUCAUGGCCAUGAUGAAACGUGCUGCUUCCUCUUCGGUUCGCUCGCUGCUUUCCUCAUCCUCCACCUUCACCAGAAACCUUCAUGCCUCAGGUGAAAAGAAGAAAAUUGUGGGGGUGUUCUACAAAGGGAAUGAGUAUGCUAAAUUGAACCCCAAUUUCGUGGGGUGUGUUGAAGGAGCAUUGGGUAUACGUGAGUGGCUGGAAUCACAGGGUCAUCAGUACAUUGUCACUGAUGACAAAGAAGGACCAGAUUCUGAACUUGAGAAACACAUUCCAGAUGCCCAUGUCAUCAUAUCUACUCCAUUUCACCCCGCCUAUGUCACCGCGGAAAGAAUAAAGAAAGCGCAAAAAUUGGAGCUGCUUUUGACUGCUGGCAUUGGUUCUGAUCACGUUGAUCUCAAAGCUGCAGCUGCUGCUGGUUUAACUGUGGCAGAGGUCACGGGAAGCAAUGUCGUGUCGGUUGCGGAGGAUGAACUCAUGAGAAUCCUCAUUCUAAUGAGGAAUUUCUUGCCUGGGUACCAUCAGGCUGUUAAGGGUGAAUGGAAUGUUGCUGGCAUUGCACAUAGAGCUUAUGAUCUUGAAGGCAAGACAGUAGGAACCGUUGGCGCGGGACGAAUUGGGAAGCUUUUACUCCAGAGGUUGAAACCUUUUAACUGUAAUCUUCUGUAUUUUGAUCGACUUAGGAUCGAUCCUGAAUUGGAGAAAGAGAUUGGAGCAAAAUUUGAGGAGGACCUUGAUGCAAUGCUUCCAAAGUGUGAUGUAAUUGUUAUCAACACCCCUCUCACUGAGCAGACAAGGGGAUUGUUUGACAAAAAUAGAAUUGCGAAGUGCAAGAAAGGUGUCUUGAUUGUUAACAAUGCUCGAGGGGCAAUUGCGGACACCCAAGCAAUUGCAGAUGCUUGCUCCAGUGGCCACGUUGCAGGUUAUAGUGGUGAUGUUUGGUUCCCACAGCCAGCUCCAAAGGAUCAUCCAUGGCGUUACAUGCCAAACCAUGCCAUGACUCCUCAUAUUUCUGGCACCACCAUAGAUGCACAGUUACGUUAUGCUGCUGGGGUCAAAGACAUGCUUGAUAGGCACUUCAAGGGUGAAGACUUUCCAGAACAAAACUACAUUGUCAAGGAGGGUCAACUUGCAAGCCAAUACCGGUGAAGUAGUGUGUGUCAAUGUGGCCUUUGAAUCUUCCAUUUUUAAGGCCAAUCGAUGAGCAAAUAAAGAUCUAGAAGGCACUUUAAUUAUGUAAUGUUCUUGCUUUGUUGUGUCUGAACUCGUUUAAUUGAUCUCAGAAAUAAAAUUUUAAGGAACACUCUCCAUGUUCCAUGUAUUGUUCUUGUGGUUUUUGAA